AUGAUGUUGGCAAAUAAACCAAACGGUUACAGUUCAUCAGUCGCUAAUACUUCUGAAAAGGAGGUAUCAGAUUUUUCUGAAAGCGAGGCUAAUGAUGGUGGAAACCGUGUAGAAUCAGCGCAACCAGAUUUAGUUGUCGCGAGAGAUGAAAGCAAAUGGGUAUGGCGAAUGCGUUUGUUGGUGGCGUUUGUCCUCAUGUUUGCUAUGAUUGCAGUGUGUGUAGGAGUGUACAUCGACGGACGCAAUAGUGAGCAAGAAAAUUUUGAAAAAGACUUCGAGGGACUAGUCGACAAGUUGGUGGUUUCCUUCGAGUCCAUGGUGAAACAACGAUUUGGAGCGAUAGACCUUUUCUUCUCCGAUGUGACUGUGAGUGCAAAUGAGUCUUGGCCUUUCGUCACUCCGCCGGAAUAUACAAGACGAAUGAAAGCGGUUCAUGAGAUGGCAGCGCUUUUUCUGUCAUCAGUGCUCGUGAGAGUCACGGAUGAUCAACGAACUGAAUGGGAGGAGUAUGCGGUGGCAAAUCAAGAUUGGAAACGAGAUGGCAUGGCGUUCUCGAUGGGCAUGGACCCAGCAGACAUCGUCGCGGCACCAAUACCACCCACAAUAAUGGACAAAGAUACUUUCCCUGAUGAGAUAGUUGUUGAUCAAGGUCCUGGGCCAUAUUUUGUUAUGUGGACGAUGCAUCCGGUUACCAACAGCACAAUGCCGAGCAAGAACAUGUACAGAGAUCCGGAGCACCGACCGAUCAUGGAUUAUGUCGUUGCCAACAGGAGACCUGCAUUUGGAGCCAGCUCUGACUACACUGAUCCGGGUACGCCAAAGGUCGGUAGAUACAUCAGGUUCCAACAAGCUGAUAAUUGGGAAUAUCAAGAUGACCCAGUUGCUUUUCUCCAAUAUCCGAUCUACGAUAAACUGGGCGAAGAUCGCUCUGUUGUUGCCAUUUUCUUUACCACCGUCUACUGGAGAACAUACUUCAAUGGCCUUUUGCCCAACGGUGCUGAUGGUAUAUAUGUCAUCCUGGAAAACACAUGUGGGCAACAGUAUACCUACCAAGUUGAUGGGCUCGAGGCUAGGUUUGUUGGUCGCGGUGACCUUCAUUCUUCCGAGUAUGAUUAUCUAUCACGACAGUCGAACAUUGACUUGAUCUUUGAUUAUGAACCAGGAACAGCUGGGCAGGAUGACGAUCCUAGUUGUCACUACAGCAUCCGAGUAUAUCCGUCUGAUGAAUUUCGAAACCGCUACGAAACAUCCGAGCCUCUACUAUUUGCAAUCAUUCUUGCUGCCGUUUUUGUGUUCACAGCUGCAUUCUUUCUCUUAUACGACUUUAUGGUAGAAAGACGACAGAAGGCGGUCAUGAAAUCGGCACUGCAGUCCGGAAAGCUUGUACAUUCCUUGUUCCCCGAGGCUGUCAGGGAUCGCUUGUAUGAGGAACAAGAAGCGAAAAGCAAGGCUGCAACAUGGGAAGCAGAAGGUAACAAUAAUGGUGUGGUUGACCAGAAGCAGGCCAUUGCUAGCGAGUACCCUGGGACCACAAUCUUCUUCGCUGACAUCGUCGGAUUCACCAAGUGGAGUGCAACUAGAACUCCAGUUGAGGUAUUUCAAUUGCUGGAGGCUUUAUAUGGCGAGUUUGACACCAUUGCCAACAAACGAGGUGUCUUCAAAGUCGAAACUAUCGGCGACUGCUACGUGGCAGUCACUGGACUUCCAAAUCCGCAAGAAAGACAUGCCGAGAUCAUGGUAAAGUUUUCUGUCGAUUGUCUUGCAAAAAUGAGAAAUGUGAUUCUUUCAUUGGUGGACUCAUUAGGAGAGGAUACAGAAAACUUGUCGAUGCGUGUAGGUCUUCACAGUGGACCAGUUACUGGAGGUGUUCUUCGCGGACAAAAGUCUAGGUUCCAGCUCUUUGGAGAUACUGUGAAUACAGCAUCAAGGAUGGAGAGCAAUGGAAUGAGUGGCAAGAUCCAUGUGUCCCAAUCCACAGCUGAUGAGCUAGUGAAGCUAGGUCGGUCUACAUGGUUAGCGGCUUGUGACGAGAAGUUACCAGUCAAAGGGAAGGGUGAUAUGCAGACAUAUUUUGUCCAGCCCAGCAGCUUGACCAUGUCGGUAUCACGCCAUUCCUCCAGUUACAAUUGA